AUGACGACGCGGGUGGAGCUGCGCAAAGUGCAGGUGGUGGGCCCCAACCCCAGCAAGUUCGACACCCCGAUUCGCUUGCACCUAGUACUCGACGUGUUCGAAAAGCCGCCAAAGGAUGUUAUCGACGUGACAUUCACCUGGUCACCAGUGUGGGACUUCCCUGUAGACCAGGAGCUAGACGAGAUGGAGGUGGGCCCCUUCACAACGCUCGGCAGACACGAGUUCACCAUUGAGAGUGAUCCCCCCAACGUGGCCGAUAUCCCAGAUCCGACUGGUCCCACUGCCUUGAUCGUGUCACUCAAGUACAAGGGAGACGAGUUCCUCCACAUUGGGUACAACAUCACAGUCACCUGCGACGGCGACAUCCCAGAUGUCUUCACUUCAGCCGACAUGCUUACCCGCCACAUUGGUAAGUGCUACCCUAAACUGCGGGAAAUUUCAUGGGACACAUCGACCCCGGCUAAAACCUCGCCACCGGACUCGGACGCCGAUAGCACUUGCGAUAGUGCCGACGGCUCCUGCAAACGUGCGAAAAGAGAGAAUGAAGCGCAAUCAUAG